AUGUUCUUCGUCAACUGGUUCUGGGAUGUAUUAGGCUACUUUGGCCUCUCCCGCAAGUCUGCGCGGAUCGUUUUCUUAGGCUUGGAUAAUGCGGGCAAGACCACACUUCUCCACAUGCUCAAGGAUGACAGGGUUGCGCAGCAUGUGCCGACCCUCCACCCGCAUUCUGAGGAACUCAUCGUAGGAAAGAUUCGCUUCAAGACUUUUGACCUUGGAGGACACGAGACGGCGCGGAGGAUAUGGAGGGAUUACUUUGCGGCAGUUGACGCGAUCGUCUUCAUGGUGGACGCCACGGACAGAGGGCGAUUCCAAGAAGCAAAAGAAGAACUGACGCAUUUGCUGGAGACCCAGGAGCUGGCGUCAGUGCCUUUCGUAGUUCUGGGAAACAAGAUUGAUAAGCCUCAGGCUGCGAGCGAAGAGGAGCUGAGACAGCAAUUGGGGUUAUAUGCACACAUCACAUUUGGUAGAGAUAGGAAGCCCGUUCCAGGAGUGCGCCCUGUCGAGAUCUUCAUGUGUUCUGUCAUCAAACGCAUGGGCUACGCAGAUGCGUUCCGAUGGCUUUCCCAGUUUCUCACCUGA